AGCGAACACAUACGCACACAUAUAUAAAUAUAUACUAUAUAUAUAUAUAUAUUAUUAUUUUUUCUCACUACUAUUAAAGCUAAAAAGAACAAGACAAAAGGCAAAUAAGAAGAUAAAAAUGCAAGCACAACCUUUUGCAGAUUCCCAUCACAACCAACCAUUCCCAAUCUUUGGCUUACCCAACACAGCUUUAUUUGAAAACACAAUGCCAAUCAGAGGACAAAAGUCAGAAUGGAAACCCAACAAUGACCAAGAGAAGCGUAAAUGGGAAGAACUUGGAGACCCAGAUAACAACAAUCAAGCAAACAAGUUAUUCCAAAAAGAAGAGUCUGAAGAGAAUAGCGCAUUUGAAGGCACACUAGAGGAACAACAGACGAGACGUAAAGAACAAAACAGGGCUGCUCAGCGUGCAUUCCGGGAGAGGAAGGAGCGAUAUGUAAAGGAACUCGAGAUGAAGAUCGAGAGGAUGGAAAAGGAAUACACAAAGAACAAUGAUGCCCUCAAGAAAGAAAACGAAGAGCUCCAGGCCUUGGUCAAGAGCAUGGAGGCCGACAUCUAUACUCUGCGGGGAGCGGUCUAUGCUUUCGAAAUCUCUGCCAACAAGCUUCGGGAGGCUGGUAUUGAUGUGUCUCUAGAAAACAGUCAGACCAUGUCUCCACCUGUCUCGGGACCACAGCAGCCUCU